AUGGAGCCCGGGCGCCAGACGCUGCCGCUGGAGAACGCCUCCAUCUUGUCCGAGGGCGCGCUGCAGGACGGGCACCGCCUCUGGAUCGGCAACCUCGACCCCAAGAUCACUGAAUACCACCUCCUCAAACUCCUUCAGAAGUUUGGCAAAGUAAAGCAAUUUGACUUCCUCUUUCACAAGUCUGGUGCUCUGGAGGGGCAGCCAAGGGGUUACUGUUUUGUGAACUUUGAAACCAAGCAGGAAGCAGAGAAGGCGAUCCAGUGUCUCAAUGGGAAGCUGGCCCUUUCCAAGAAACUGGUGGUGCGAUGGGCACACGCACAAGUCAAGAGAUACGAUCACAAUAAAAAUGAGAAGAUCCUUCCAAUUAGUCUGGAGCCAUCUUCCAGCACGGAACCACCCCAGUCUAACUUAAGUGUCAGUGCAAAGAUAAAGGCCAUUGAAGCCAAGCUGAAAAUGAUGGCAGAAAACCCAGAUGCAGAGUACCCUGCAGCACCCGUUUAUUCUUACUUCAAACCACCAGAUAAGAAAAGGACUACUCCUUAUUCCAGAGCUGCCUGGAAAUCUAGAAGAUGAUGCUUAUGAAUGGAUAAUGGUAGCAAGAAACACUGUUUUGUACACCUGGAGUCCUCCAAUGCUUUUGUACUUUGUAGAGCGAGAAGAAUGCUGCCACCUGAGCAGAACACUGCUGCAUGGAGCACAGUGGUUUGUGAUGCCUUAGGUGGUCUGCUGAACACUCCUCUCUGCCAGUGCAGCUCACAGCUGAGCGCUGUUCAGAAAAGUAGGUUCCCUUCAAAGCCUCUGAUGAACACGCAGACAACCUCUCGUUAGUGUGCAUUCAUUAGCAAGAUUAGAAACAGUAACCAGUCUGUGGAGUAAAGCACAUCCAAAAAUACUCCAUUUAACUGAUUACUUUUUAAAGUAUUUUUGAACUAAAAGUAUUCUGAUUCCUGUUUUUAAUGGAGGGGAAGCACUUGGUUUUGAUUAACAUUCUGUAGUCACCAUGGAAAACUUUCAUUUCAAUAAAACUCAUUUUAAAUAGAUUUUGCAACACUUUUAGUAACUGUGCAUGCAAUAUUUUAUAUGCACCAAAGCAAACUUAUUUUGCAUUUUCAUUUGCAGGCUUUAAGGUAUUACUUUUAUGAUGUGAUAACCUGAAGAUGAUAACACAGCACAGGUGUUUUUUGCUGUCGUUUAGGCUGUAGGUGUGUGCCUCUGUGUAGG